UCACCCGGUUGCGCCGAGUAAGAUCACUGCUUACCAGUUGCUGGGAGGAGGCUAGAGGGGAGCUGCUGGGUCAGGAUCAUGCCUAACAGGGAGAGCUUUCCCGGGCAGCAGAGGCUGGUGGGCUUGGGGUGAAAGAAGCAGGGCAGAUGCAAAAUCUGGAGAGCGCGGGGGCCGGGCGGUCAGUCAGUACCCAGACUGGCAGCAUGACCGGUCAAAUGCCAAGACUUUCUAAAGUCAACCUUUUCACUCUGCUCAGUCUCUGGAUGGAGCUCUUCCCAGGAGUAGAAGCCCAAAAGCAAAAAUCUCAGGAAAAUGAAGAAGACAAAUGUGGACCCUUAGGAGAUGAUAAAGAGAUGGCCAGAGAAUCUACUGACAAAAAACAGGAUUACAUAGACGACUUGCCAAGAUGUUAGUGAAGUGAAGCAAAAUCAAGAUCCAGAACAGUGAUUCACUGAAAAGAUUCAGUCUUCUGGGAGUUGCAGUGAAGAAAACUGGUCUCGUGGUGGUGAAAAACAUGAAAAUUGUUGGUCUCCAUUGUUCUAGUGAAGAUCUACAUGCUGGGCAAAUUGCUCUUAUUAAACAUGGGUCAAAGCUGAAAAACUGUGAUCUUUAUUUUUCCAGAAAACCAUGUUCUGCUUGUUUGAAAAUGAUUGUAAAUGCUGGAGUUAAUCGAAUUUCAUAUUGGCCUGCUGAUCCAGAAAUAAGUUUGCUUACUGAGGCUUCUAGUUCUGAAGAUGCAAAGUUAGAUGCCAAAGCUGUGGAAAGACUGAAGUCAAACAGUCGGGCCCAUGUGUGUGUCUUACUUCAACCUUUGGUGUGUUAUAUGGUGCAGUUUGUAGAAGAGACUUCUUACAAAUGUGACUUUAUUCAAAAAAUUACAAAGACAGUACCAGAUGCUAACAUUGACUUUUAUUCUGAAUGUAAACAAGAAAGAAUAAAAGAAUAUGAAAUGAUAUUUUUGAUUUCAAAUGAAGAAAUACAUAAGCAAAUCCUGAUGACUAUAGGUCUGGAGAACCUGUGUGAAAAUCCCUACUUUAGCAAUCUGAGGCAAAACAUGAAAGACCUUAUCCUAAUCUUGGCCACGGUAGCUUCCAGUGUGCCCAGCUUUAAACACUUUGGAUUUUAUUGUAGUAAUCCAGAACAGAUUAAUGAAAUUCACAAUCAAAGUUUGCCACAAGAAAUUGCAAGGCACUGCAUGGUUCAGGCCAGGUUAUUGGCAUAUCGGACUGAGGAUCAUAAAACAGGAGUUGGAGCAGUCAUUUGGGCAGAAGGGAAAUCUAGAAGCUGUGACGGAACCGGAGCUAUGUACUUCAUAGGAUGUGGCUAUAAUGCCUUUCCUGUUGGAUCUGAGUAUGCUGACUUCCCACAUAUGGAUGACAAGCAGAAAGACAGAGAAAUAAGGAAAUUCAGAUACAUCAUACAUGCUGAACAAAAUGCCUUGACAUUUAGGUGUCAAAAAAUAAAACCAGAAGAAAGAAGCAUGAUUUUUGUGACAAAAUGCCCAUGUGAUGAAUGUGUACCUUUAAUUAAAGGUGCUGGCAUAAAACAAAUCUAUGCAGGGGAUGUAGAUGUUGGAAAAAAGAAGGCAGACAUCUCUUACAUGAGGUUUGGGGAACUUGAGGGUGUUAGCAAAUUUACCUGGCAGCUGAAUCCAUCUGCAGCUUAUGAUCUUGAACAAAACGAGCCUGAAAGGAAAGAAACAAGUCCCCAUGAGUUUGAAGUGAUGUUUUCUGACAUGAAGUUGUUCUUGCAUGAUAGACGGUGUGUUGAGAGCCCUGCCUGGGAGAGAGGAGCAGCACCGCAAGAAGCUAUGUCUGGGAAAGCCUUCGGAGGGCCUCUCCACGCUGCAGUGACGGCCUCAGGAGUUGGUUGUUGCACCUCUAAAGUUCAGCCUUGUUAACUCAGAAAAUGAGGAUGGAUUUCGUGAACCAUUGAAAAGUUUGUUAGGAUAUGAAUUAUGUUGACGAGGACAUUUUUAUUUUAGACUUAUUUGUGUAUUUUUCAGAAUAUGGCAAUGUGUUUAAUGCUUUAAUGAGAUCAGUGUCAUCACCAACAGGGAUGGAUUUCUGUUUAUCUCAGUUUCUAUUUAUACAGCCAGUUUGAAAGGGGCUGGCUCACUGGAGUCAUAUCUCAACAGGGAAUUACAUAUCUUUUGAGAAAUAUUAAUUCCUUUGGAUUACAAGGGUGAGAAUUAGUAAACUGUCCAGGGAAAUAAGUGACAAUCUGUUCAUAUUUUAAGAAUCCAUGUAUAGAUAACCAGAAGGGUCAUGUUUAUACCUAAAAUCAUUCUAGCAUUCAAAAAUUACUGAAUUGGGACUGUCUUAAAGUCUCCAUUUUGAAACUAUAUUUUUAAAAUUAGUAAUCUCUUGGGCUGGAGGUCUAGCUCAGUGGUAAAGUACUAGCCAGCAUGUACGAAGCCCUGUGUUACAUUCCCAGCACUGCAAAAGUAAAUAAAUAAAUAAGAUGUUAAUUUCUCCUAAAUUUUUAUUUCACAGUGAUUGUUGGACUAGAGGCCAGUUACACUACAAUUUUGGGUAGCAAUAGAAAGAAAAUGUUAUUCUGAGGCAGUGUUGCUGUUUGAUGUCACUAAAUCUUGAGAUUACUGGCAGUAAGUCUCAAAUUUGGUCAUUAUGUAAAUAGAAAAAUAUGUGAAUGUGGGAUAUUGAAACCAGCAUUUUUAGAAUUCCAUUAAUAAAUGCUUUCCUCAAUAUAAUUUUCCCCUCCAUAUGACCAAUACAGUGUCUAACUGCAAAAGGGAGGCCUGCUAGGAAUAUUUGCAAACCUCAAGAGCACUCAAAGCCUUAAAAGUAAACACAUCCCUUCUGAAUUUUUCUCUCUGAUUUCUUUUUUCGCAGUGCUGAGGAUUUACUCCAGGGCCUUGAACAUGCUCGGCAUGUACUCUACCAUUGAGUCAGGUCCCCGCCCCCCCCCCUUUUUUUUUUUAGUUCUCGGUGGACACAACAUCUUUAUUUUAUUUGUAUGUGGUGCUGAGGAUCAAACCCAGCGCCCCGCGCAUGCCAGGCGAGCACGCUACCACUUGAGCCACAUCCCCAGUCCCUCCCCAGCCCCUUUUUAAAUUUUAUUUUGAGACAGUAUCUGGCUAAGUUGCCCAGGCUGGCCUUAAACUUGUAAUCCUCCUGCCUCAGCCUCCCAAGUAGCAGGGAUUAUAGGUGUCAAUGUACCUGGCUGAUUUCUUCAAUUUUUAUUUGCUGAGAAACUCAGAAAAUUAGUCUGAAGAAUCAUCAUGUUUUAGACUUUCCUGGUUAGGAGGAAGGCCAACAGGCCUGGGGAGUGAUACCUCAUGAGAAUGCUCGAGGACUGGGAAGAGGUGGUGAGAUUUGCCCUUUUUUGUCCCCCUCCUUUCCACAGCAUCACGUGGGACCUCCUACCACUUUUUCAGAGUUAGGCACAGGACAAUCCAAAUGUCAACCAGAUGCCUGGCUUGCACAGCAGCCUGCUUAGGUCCACUGGGAAUUCAAAGUCAUCAUACCACACAGUUGAGAACUGCCAAAAACAUUUUCCAUAGACAUAGAUCAUGGAAGAUGGAGUGUGUGUGUGUGUGUGUGUGUGUGGGGGGGGUACCUUUAAAGACAACUAAUGCUAAUUUGAAAAACACUAGUUAAGCUAUUCUUUAAUACUUAUCAACAUAAAAACUCCAUUUAAUCCCUAGCACCACAAGAAAAAAAAAUUCUAAGAUUGCUCAUCUCCCGAAUUGCUUUAUUAUUGUAAUACAAGCAUAAGUUCUUUGAUUUAUUGUUUUAUACUUCUAGUUCAUCUGAUACACCAAUCAACAAAUAUUUUGUGAGACUCAGAAGUCAAAUAUAUACUGCUAGAUUUUAUGGAUUUUUGUAUUGGGGUGGGAUAUCAGGAAGGAAAGUAUAUAAUCAGGAAACUAUGGAAAUAAAACAUUGAUAUUUCGUGGAAAGAGCCUUGUAGAGGUCACAGUGCUGAGCUGUUUCAUUAUCCAAACACCAGGGUUGAGGUGAACUGAGAGAAAGCAGAGGAGGUGGAGAUUACUCUGUGAGGGGAUGAUUGGGUUGCCCCCAAGCAUUGCAGAGCUGGACCCAGAAACCACCUGGAUUUGCAGAAACUAUAUGUGGCAGUGUUGACUCAGUUCUGCAAAUUCCCAGGCAAGAGAUUUCAUCCCUUAGCAAGAUGAAGAAGGUAAUGGUAAAUUCAUACUUAGUAAAGAAUAGCCCUGCUGGAGGUAGCUAAGCACUCAUCUGGUUUACUUCAUGUCUGUAAUGGGAGUAGAUACAGGUUUAUGUGUUUUUAUUGUAUUACUGGUAAAACUUUUUUAAUCUGGCUUUUCUAUUUUUUCUACCUCAACUUACUGAGUUUGAAAAUAUGCCAUUUACUCAUAAGGCUUCCUCUUUUUAUUCAUGAAUGGGUCCGUCCUAGGAUUGAUCAUAACAACCUACUUUUGACACACUUUCGAGUAUUCCUUAAGAGUCCUGGUAUUGCCUAUAAUGGUCACAUGACAAUGAGCUGAGCACAUUGCUAGUAUGUUUUAGAACUAAAGUAAACAUCAAUGCAGUAUUUUUAUUUCAUGUGUAACAUCCCUGAAGUCUUGUUGCUCUUUUGCUAUCAUUAUUAUAAAAUAUUUCAGAUACAUAAAAAAAUACAAAUAGUUAUAACAAAUACUUUACUCAUGUACCUAAUAUGCAGAAUUAAUAUAUGUUACCACUUGGGAGUUUAGUCCUGUUUUGAGAUCUGAGGUAGAACCUUUCUUUGCAUCUUUUCUACAUUUGCUUGAGAGCACAUUGUGGUUUUCUGAAAGAUCAUCCAUGCUCACUGCAGGACAGCAGGGUUUUAAAAUCCAGCCCUAGAGCCUCCAAGGACUGUUACCCAGACAGCUGAGAUUAAGCCUCCUUUUUUAAAAAUUUUUUUAAGUUGUCAAUGGACCUUUAUUUUGUUUUAUUUAUAUGUGGUGCUGAGAAUUGAAUCCAGUGCCUCACACAUACUAGGCAAGCACUGUACCAUUGAGCUAUGACCCCAGCCCCUAAGCCUCCUUUUAAAACAUUCUUUGUAGUCUUUCUGUAUCUGAUUUCUUAAUUCUCUAAUAAUUCUGUGAUAGUUUUCCUAAGAGGAAACCAGCUGCCCUUAUGUGAGGUAGGGGAGGUCUGCUGGGCCAAGGUUUUCUGACUCCUCUGGUGGAGCAGACCCCCUACCAGGUACGCCUGGCCUGCAGCAGAACCUGGUGGCAGAAGUGUCCUCACUUGGGAUGGGGAGAUCUGCCUUACCACCUGGGAAGGAGAUUCUGAGUUACAGCCCCUGAAAUGCAGGCUUCCUGUUUCUGGCUAACAUUUAGAUGUUUGGAAUCAUUUAUUUAUUCAACUCCUGGGCACCCUACGCUAGGCUCUCAGCUUGAAAUGCUUUGGAUACUUUUUGAAACAGAAAAAAUAUAAAUCUUAAUUCACAAAAUGGAAUUUUGAAAAGUUUGAUUCAUCCAUUAAUAGACUACUCUGAAAAAAAUUUUGCUGAAGUUUACACAAAGCAAUGAGUUAUUCAGAAAUUUUUCUCAAUUUUGAAACCUUUUAUUGAUAUCCUGGAAUUGUUGUGUUGGCUCUGUUACAGUUUUGUUUUUAUAACACAAGGAAAUCAAGUUGGACCAGGGUUUCUCAGACUUGGCACAAUUGACACUUGGGAUUCUGAUAUUCUGUGAAGCUGCUCUGUGCAUUUUAGAAUGUUAGCCACAUCCCUGGCCUCCAGUGAAAACCACUGACAUAAAAAAGUUUGUACAUAACUGCAAAAACCCAUGUUAGGCCUAAGAACAUCUCAUUUAGUAUAACAAUUGCACUGGGGGCUUUUUACAAUCAGGUAUCAAAAUCUGAGGAUGACCAAUUCCUCAGAAUCAUCUUUUAAAAGUCUUUUUAAAAAUUGUGUUUAUGCUGGGCGCAGUGAUACAUGUCUGUAAUCCUAGCAGCUUGGGUGUUGAGGCAGGAGAAUUGUAACUUAGCAAGGCUGUAGGCAAACUAGUGAGACCCUGUCUCAAAUUAAAAUAUAAAAAGGGCUGGGGAUGUGGCUCAGUGGUUAAGCACUUUUGCGUUCAAUCCCCAGUACAAAAAUACACACCCACAUAUAUAUAUGUGUGUGUGUGUGUGUGUGUAUUUAUUACAGAGUAGGUAAAAAAUAGUUUGCAUUUUUCUCCAAUUUUUGCUUUUGUUCCCCUUUCAGUACCAAGGAUUGAAUGCAGGGCCUCGCACCAACUAGUCAAGUACUCCACCACUCAACCACAUCCCGACUCCAAUUUUUAAAAUUUUUUUUAUAGUUGUAGAUGGACAGAAUGCCUUUAUUUUGUUUAUUUUUAUGUAGUGCUGAGGAUUGAACCCAGCACCUCACACAUGCUAGCAAGCACUCUGCCACUGAGCUAUAGCCACAACCCCAGUGUUGGUUUUUUUUUUUUUUUGGUGGGAGGUGUCGGGGUUUCUAGCCCCUCCUGACCUGCCGGAGAGAUUGGGGAGAGCGCCCCGGCCAGGAUGAGCCAAGAAAGGAGAGGGCCGACUAACAGCCCCCACCCAGCCCUCCCUCCUGGAGGACAAUCAGAUGCAUCAAGGAGACCAGUCAAGGCUGGAGCUCGUUUAUUGAGGAAGCACACACAGCAGCUAAUAUAAGGCACAGGAGCCAAUCAGGAUAAAGGUCAGCAGGGUGAGGAGAGUUCACGUGUACACCCAUCCUACAGGCAGGCAGGGGAGACACGAGCUGUCCACCUGUCCACGAGGGCGGAAGGGUUCUGAGCCUAUCCUAGAGGUGGUCCGAUUUUUCUUCACAACCCAGGCAACGCCUUCUGGCUGAUCGCCAGGUGCCGUCUUAGCCAUGUGCGGCCCCAAGACCAGGAAGUGAGCAUCAGUCUGCAAGUUAGGUUUCCUUUUCUCCAUCAUAGGUUUCUAUUUCUCUGAUGUGACGUGCCCUACACGAGGUACCAGGGAUUGAACUCAGGGGCACUCAACAACUGAGCCACCUCCCCACCCCUAUUUUUUUAAUUUUUUUUUAUAUAUUUAUUUUAUUUAUUUUUAUGUGGUGCCGAGAAUUGAACACUCGCAUAUGUGCAACUCCAGCACCCCCACUCCUAUUUUUUGUAUUUUAUUUAGACACAGUGACUCACUGAGUUGCUUAGCACCUUGCUUUUGCUGAGGCUGGCUUUGAACUCACCAUCCUUUUGCCUCAGCCUCCAGAGCAGCUGGGAUUACAGGCAUGCGCCUCCAAGCCUGGCCCCAGACCCCAAUUUUAAAUUAGGAGGGGAGUAGUAAAACCUUAGUUUCUGUCUUGUUUUGCUUGUUUUCCAAGUAACUGAUGUAUAUGAAUAAACCAGACAAUUUUGCAAACACUCCUAAACUGCAAUAAUUUUUCCAACCAAUGGAAGACCAAAGGAGUUGCUAUACUUAGUCACUACAUCAAUCAAUCAGAAAUUCAAUUCAAUUGAAUUGGGUGGGGUUCUGGUCAUAAUGGGGAUAUCAUAUAAAGAAUCAAGCUUGACUUACUUCUCUCUGGAAAAAAUAAUUAAAUUUCUUAUAGUUGAUUCCCAGUAUAGAAACCUGAAAUAUCUGCCACAUGGUCUUAGUUGGCAUAGGCAGCAUGGAUAGAAUAUAUUGUUCAGAAUAAUUUUAUCUUAUUGGUUAGCCAAGUAGCCUUUAAUUGCUUGAAUUAGCACUGACAUGUAUCUUAAAGUCAUGGAUGUUUUUAAUGCAAUUACUAUUCACCAUUAAAAAUUCAAUGAGGGCUGAGGUUAUGGCUCAGUGGUAGAGUGCUCACCUAGCACGUGCAAGGCACUGGGUUCAAUCCUCAUAUACAUAUAAAUAAAUAAAUAAAGAUAUUUUAAAAAUCAAUGAAUCUAUUUAAUAUCAUGCAGAAAUUUUCUGUCAUGUAAGUCAAUUUAUUGAAUAUUCUGCACCUAAGUAAAACAAACCCCACUAAUAUUCAAUAGGCCCAGUUAAAAAUGAGGCCUAUUGGCUUGGGUUGUGGCUCAGUGGUAGAGUGCGUGCUUAGCAUGUGUGAGGCACUGGGUUCGAUUCUCAGCACUGCAUAUAAAUAAAUGAAUAAAAUAAAAGUCCAUCAACAUCUUAAGAACAUCGUAUUUCUAUAUAAUAAUUUAAUUCAGAAACUUUGAAAUGAUAAUCUCCCUGUCCUAUAGGUCACCCCUCCUCAAAGACAUGAGGCUUGCUUAUUUAUUUACUUUAGAUGAGGCCUCAGUGUGCUGCCCAGGCCAGCCUAGAACUCCUGGUCUUACAUUAUCCUCCUGCCUCAGCCUCUCAUGUGGGUGGAACUACAGACUUGAGUCACUGGUCUUGAACCAAACUGAUAUUUUUGGUAUUCAUUUCCAAAUAUCCAACUCACGUGCCUAUGUUGUCCCUUAAUAGUUUUAUUCUUUGGUUUUAGGCAUUAUCUUUUUAAUUUCUACCAUGGAAAAUUUAGUUUCACCUCACCCUCUCUCCAUAUACUUCCCUUUUUCCAUCCUCCCAAUACUGUUAGAAUUUUAUUGUGGUUGUCCCAAAAUUCACUGUUGUGACUAUGUAAAUACUAGUCAGAGCUUUGUCAUGUUGUAUUCUAUGAUUACUUUUUCUUUCCAUGUAGAACUCCCUUUCCUGAAUUAAAAAUUUGUAUUUUGGUGGUGGGA